AUGAGCGAACGAGACGGAUUUCUGGAGCAAGGUGGACGCGACUCUCGUGACCACGUCCACGACUAUGACACACGUGAGACCUCUCAACAUCGACGUCCCUCUCACAGCUUCAAGUCCGAGACCAAACCCGACAAACGGUAUCUAUAUGCUGGAAUCUCGUUGGUGGUCAGUUUGAUCGCGUUUGUGGCUCAGACCGAGACAGCCGGCUACGUGGCUCAUAACCUGCAGUACAAGAAACCCAUCUUUAUGCUGUACCUGACACAUUCGUCGUGGGUCUUUCUGUUACCAUUACAGCUGCUGUUCAUCAAGAUCUUCAAGCGAUGGAAGACCCCAUGGAGAGUCUUUCUGCGUCGGCAAUACGAGCUCGUGUUGAACACCGCCCGAGCCACUCAAGAACACGCAGGUGACUUCUCCGGUCAACAUCCGCUCAAGUAUAUUAUGGUCACAUCUUUCUGGCUGUUUGUGGCCCUGUCUUUCGCUGGAUCCUCCUGGUACAUUGCCGUAAACCUCACCACCCCCAGUGACCUGACCGCCAUCUACAACUGCUCGGCCUUCUUCGCCUAUGCCUUUUCCGUGCCGAUGCUGGGAGAGUCUCUCAAGCCUGCCAAGGUGGUCAGUGUGGUGGUCGCUAUUAUUGGUGUGCUCAUUGUGUCUUACUGGGACACUAACGAGGGAGAAGGCGAGGUCUCUUACCCCCACAGAGGUAUCGGAAACCUCAUUAUCGGAGUGGGAGCCAUUCUCUAUGGUCUCUAUGAAGUCAUGUACAAGAAGCUGGCUUGCCCUCCCAACACCAUCUCCCCACGUCGUCAGGCUGCCUUUGCCAACGUGGUGGCCUUUUGUAUCGGUCUCUGUACUCUGCUGUUCCUGUGGCUGCUGCUUCCCAUCCUUCACUGGACCGGCCUGGAGCCGUUUGAGCUGCCCCAUGGAUCAGCUGCCGGCAUCAUGAUUGCCAACAUUGCGUCCAACGCCAUCUUCUCAGGUGCUUUUCUGAUUCUCAUGGCCCUGACUUCUCCCGUUAUCGGAUCGGUCGCUGCCCUGUUGACCAUCUUCCUGGUGGCUAUUGUCGACUGGCUUCUGUUCGACACGCCUAUUGGAACUGGAGGCGUGAUUGGAGGUCUUAUCAUCAUUGGAGCCUUCAUCAUGCUCAGUUACGCCAGUUUCCAGGAGCUCGGCGAGGAGGCAGAAGAUAGUGAUAGUGACGACGACAUCAUUUAA